AGUAUUCUCUAUGGUGCUCUUUUUUAUUCCUAGGGUCACUAUUUCAAAGUAAGAGUCUGUGUGUUUUAAUUUUAUGCUAACUACAACUUCUUAACUGUUUCUGGAAAAGCAUUACUUGGUUAUUGCAGCUAGUGGGCGGCAAAAAACUUUUGUUAUGGUAUGACAAAUCAACAACGUAGAAAUUGCCUAGAUGUAUUUUCUACAAUUCCUGCAUUACACGUUGUUUUUUGAAAGAUAACCGUAUUUUGACCUGAGCCUCAAUUUUCUUUGCAAAAUGACUGAAUAUAGGCUCAAAUUUUCUUAUUUUUUUUCUUAAUUUUUAUUCCUCUUUGUUUUCUUUAUAAAUAACUACUAUAUUUUAUCGACAUUUGAAAUAACAUUUUUAUUGAAGAAAAAAAGACCUCUUUUGUUAUUUUGAGAUAAAACUUUGUUAGUAAUUAAUUCCACUAUUUUGAAUACAUUUUGCCUCCAGAGAUCCAUGAAUGCUGUAUAGCUACUUUACUGAAAAAAAAGAAACUUGAUUGUGUUCUUCUGAAAUUACGGUGAUUUUGGUAACUGUAAAUCUAAAUAUCAAGGUCUUUAAAAAUUGAAUCUUGACAAGCUGAAACUGGGGAUUUUCCUAAAAUGUUUUUACGAUUUCAAGGUUUUUGAGCGUCAUCUAAUAAUCUACACAUUUGUAAAAGAAAGCGCAAAAGUAUUCGUUUUAUCAUAACUCCAACAACGUCUCUUAAGAUCCUUUCUAUUAAUGUUCACGUAAUAAAUAUGUUCUUCCUAGACCUCAAGAUGUUGCCGAUGAUGGCUUUUGUGAAUGUUGCAAGAUACGUUACACAUCACUACAACAUGUAUAUGUAUGCUAUGACCCCUUUUUUUCUUGUAGAUCAAAUCUGUUUCUUGGAUACAAGAAUUAUAUCGAUGGAAAAAUAAAAAUGAUAGUUUUUUGACAGAAAGACUCGUUUAGCUAUUGUUAUUGUUUUGAUAGCCCCUCGACAGUGAUCGUCAUAAAAGCUUCGUUACUAAAAAAAAAAAUUAUGAUAAAGUAGACCAGUUGAUAGCUAAAGAAGUUGGUUGUGGCGACUUUGUCGAAGCAUGCAAGAAGAAAGCUGCUAAAAAGUGCUGGCUUAAUUGCAAAGAUGAUUCACUAGCGAAAGUGUAGGGAGUCAGAACACUAUAUAUGGAAUAGGAACAUCUGGUUCAGAGCUGCCAAAAUUUAUCUGUUCUUCAAUCCACGAUAUUUAUUGAACAUUUGCAACAAACAUGCAUCAAACAUUCACAAUAAGAUGAAAAUAAAUUUACACAAGUUAUUGACUUGAUCAAUUCAUGGCUUGAAAUUCAUUAAAAGUAUUAUAGAACAUUCAAUUUAUUGUUAGGUUAUGCUAUAAAUGUUUUUCUAUUUACAAAACAUAGCAUUUUAAUUGUAAUUCAUAUUUCUUCUUAUUGGAAAAAAGAUUAUAUUUUAUUAUAUAUUUUUGGCUCUUUACAAAGAUAAGCUUGUCACGUAUGUCAGAAAAUUUGAGUGAGGAACAAUGAUGUUUUAUGAUCUCGCACGUUUGUGUCUAAAAUACUACCUCGUAGCCAAAACAAUUUACCUAGGACUUGUGACCAAUUUAGCCUGCUAGCAUUUUAACAAAGUUUAAAAACAAAUUGAUGGUGUAGCUAUAAGCUUCCCCUUAGGGCCUCCCUUAGCAAGUAUUUUAAAAAGUUGUCCUACAGAAUUUACGCCUAUCUUUUAUAGACGUUAUGUAGACGUAAAGGUGAUUCCUUAGUAAAUAAUUUAUUUAGGAAAUCUACGUUUGGUGGUGUUGUUGUUGUAAUAAUUGUAUUAGGGUAUGAAAAACUUUCCAUGAUUCCUAGUAGAUAUUGCACGAAAGGAUAUCGACUUUGAUAGUUUGAUGAAAGAAGAAGCUGAACAUUUAAACUUUGAAACUAUUUUUUCAGUUUGCUUUUAGGCGGCUAGCUAAUUAUUUCAUUGGCCAGGUUGGUCAUGUCAAACUCUGUCUAUUUGUCACGCUUCCUCAAGUUUACCCGCAAGCUCAGAACCCUUUCUCAUUCUUUAACAAAAAUAGUCAAAUAUGUUUUCCAUCCUGGAAUUUGGCCUUGGAAAUCUACGAGUGAUGAUGUGAAUUAAUCCCAACAUCACUCGUGAAUUCUCAAGGCGUUUUUAGGUAGAAACAUACGAUAAGCGAUUUUUGUUAGACAUGAUAGUACGUAGUUCAUGGACAAAUGGCAUAUGUUCGCAACACGAAUUCUUUUUCACGCACAAGUAAAAGGACAGUCUUUUAUACGUGAAAUUUUUAGUUUUUAUAAGGUGAGGUUUUUCUUGCAACACUUUUCCCAAUGGAAUUUUUCCCAUUAUUAAGUGAUCGAUAAAUAUAACUUAAAAUUGGUAGUAUUUAUUAACAUGGCUCUGAAUUUGUAACAACCAUAUUAACACUGACAUUGGCCAGCAUAAAAAUAAUCUUUCCCUUAUAAUCUCUUGAUCCAAACAAAAUUCUCCCUAGAUGUUUCUUCUGUAAUAUUGAAUCCAGGUAUAAAGUCCGUAGCUUCAUGCGAUAUACUCCUGUUAAGCGACCUUUAAUUACUGAAACUGUAAGUACAGCAAGUAGUGUGCCACAGCAAAAAUCUCUAUUUAGAGGCAAGAGAAGAAGUUUAUUUUGCGAUAAAGAUGUUCAACUGCUACGUCAAAAGUGCUCGUAUAUUAUUGCUAAUGGUCCUUUAACGAAACAAGGUGUCACUAAGGCGUUGGAAGGGGAAGAUAUACUAAAAAGAUUACUUUUGUACAAAUUUGUACUCGUUUGCACUACGAAAGAAAACAACUAUGAACACAUCUGUUCCAUGAACUUAUGCCAGUCAUUAAAACGAAUAACUCUUCGUUAAAAUUAUUAAACAUGUUAAUGUUCUGCUUUUGUUUCUUUACUAAUUGUUCUUAUAAUUGAUGUUCAUGUUAUCCCAGAGGCAGCACUGCUAUCACGCACGAUACUGUACUUUCCUAACUUUGACGACGAUUAUAAUACUGAGUUAAUUUUUGACAACUAGUUUUAAUUAAUGAAACUAAGUUUUGCUAAGCUGACAUUUUCUUUAAAU